UGUGAUGGCAGUGUGGUGAGAGUGUGAAGGUUACUGUGAGCUAACUAACACGUUUUCAUUUAACUCUAGUUUAGUUAUAUCAGCCUUUAUAGAGCUUUAGUUUCACUAGACAGAGUUCUUCUUCCUCACAGACUGAGCAGUCUUCUCUGUGCUCCGUCCAGCUAGUCAUGGCCGGUCUGUCCAGCUAUGCCGUGCGCAUCGCCAGACUGAGCGCCCAGAUCUUUGGGGGGGUCGUGCGUCCGACAGACUCCAGAUCUCUGAAGGUGGUCCAGCUGUUCCAGGAGCCUCCCAUGGCCCAGAGGAAGGAGGUGUACGACUGGUACCCACAGCACAAGAUCUACUACUCCAUGACCCAGAAGCUCCGCUUCAUGGGACUGUUCAGAGACGAGCAUGAGGACUUCAAGGAGGAGAUGCGUCGCCUGAGGAAACUGAGAGGAAAAGGGAAACCAAAGAAAGGAGAGGGGAAGAGAGCGGGCAAGAAGAAAUGAGCUGCUGUUUGUCUCUACGGAGGCGGACGGCGUUGGACUGUGAACACGCUGUUUGUGGACAUCACUGUAUAGUGGGAUGCUGAUCCUGAACCAGUUCCUUUGGUUUGGUUUGGGCUGGACUGUACAGUCGCUUUGUUGAAAGCUUUCCUACGUUGCAGGAAUAAUACCUUAGGUCAGCAAUGUUGUACUGAAGUGAAUCCAUCCUUUUAUUGUUGUUCCAUAUCUUGCAUUUAAGCCACUAAAACAAGCUGAUAAGUCUGAUGAUCUGAGAGCUCAUACGACCGGAAGAAGCAACUGGUCUGUUGCAGGAAAACUGCACCUCAUGUCAACUCUGGACUAAGUGUUGGCUUAACUGUUCAUGGAAUCGCUGAAACAUGAUGUAAAGAAACUUUCAUAUUUUCAAAAUAAAGUCCAUGUGAGUGAUGUG